AUGGCGGGCGCCGAGUCUGCUUCCUCGACCCAAGUGAGGAUCCGACUCGCUACAACCGAUGGACGCUACAGUUUACCAGACUCUGCGCCUAUAUUGGUCCCUACCUCAUUCCGUCGCCUAGCCCUGUCAAGCCUCGUCAAUAAUCUCCUCGAGCACGAUCAGCCAGUACCGUUUGACUUCAUUAUCAAUGGGUCAUACCUACGAACAACACUUGAGCAGUUUCUUUCUGAGCACGGAAUAUCUUCAGAAACAGUCAUCGAUGCAGAGUUCACGCCUGCGCAGAAGAUCCCGAAAUAUAUUGCCUCUUUUCCGCAUGAAGACUGGGUGAGUGCGCUAGACGUACUGCCAUCAGAGAAAUCCCGCCUGCGCCAGUCUCGGAUAUUGUCGGCCAGUUACGAUGGACUGCUGCGUGUUUGGAAUACUUCCUCAAAUGUCAUUGCCACAUCACCUGGCAAAGGUGGUGGAGGCCACUCGUCGUUCAUCAAGGAUGCGAAGUUUGUCUCCGCUUCCCAGAUCGUGUCCGUUGGCUUCGACCGGGUCGUAAGAUUAUGGAAAUACGAGGAGGCUGAGGACGGAUUGUCGGCCUCCAUCUCCCCACGCCUGCAGUUAUACGGACAUGCCUCGUCCAUAGACUCGGUGGCCAGCUGCAGACACAAAGAUGCGCAUCGCUUGCUGACCGCUUCGGCCGAUCAUACCAUCGGCCACUGGUCGACCAAGACAUCAGAAAGCCCCGCAGCGUCGGAAGAGCUAAUACCCAAGACGAUUCGCGAAAACGGAAAGAGAAGAAAACUCAACCCUGCGGUGUCGGUUGCACAACGAGGUCCGCUGUCAAUACUCCAAGGCCAUACGCAGCAAGUCAGCGGAGUCGUCUUUGAUGCGAACGAUCCCGAGGUGGCAUAUUCCGCCUCGUGGGAUCAAACCAUGCGAACGUGGCAUCUUCCCUCGUCCUCGAUUGUCGACACUCGUACAACGAACCAAGCGCUAUUUUGCAUUCAUCAACUGCCGGAGUUGCAUCUUGUCGCUACCGGGACUGCUGGGCGGGAUGUCAAGCUUAUGGAUCCCCGAGCCUCAGCCUCGGCGGUCACGGCGAUGACACUGAAAGGGCAUAAGAAUUCCGUGGUACGUCUAGCUGGUGAUCCGAGCAACGGAUAUACCUUGGCUAGUGGAAGUCACGACGGGACUUGCCGAAUAUGGGAUCUGCGAAAUACCAGGCAGGGUCAGGAUGGAGUGCAUGGGCAGAGUCUCUACACUUUACAGCGCGAGAGUUUGGGCGGAAAAGCUGCCCCAGAGGUCGCAUCGGGCGCGCAGAUCUUCGCUCUUGGCUGGGACAGAGAGCUCGGGAUCCUCAGUGGCGGAGCAGACAAGAUGAUCCAGAUCAAUCGCAGUGACUGA